AUGGAUGUGAGACUUUUCUUGGUGCUCUCCUUGCUCUUCGAAGUGCUUUGCGGGGCCAAGCUGGCCUAUAGCAUAGCAAAGGCACGUCAUGCCUCUGGUUUUAUCUCUAGAUUAAGCCGGCUAAGCCGGUGUUUCUCUUGGAUUUGCCAUUGGGUUGGAAUGUUGCGAUCUUUGCUUUGGGGUGAGAAAACAAUGAUAGACAAUGAAGUUGCUUCCUUGCGCCUUGCCUGGUCCCACAAAUUUCUUUGUGUGUACGCUUUCUGCACAACCUGCUCAAUAGUGUCGAUCCAAUACAACAUGGUACUGGGCCGUGCCCGCUGGAUGUCGCCAAUUGCCACGUGGAGUAGCCUCGUACUGCAAGCAGGUUUUACUGUGUACUUGCUUUGUCCAAAUCUCGUGGACAAAAGCACUUUGAAUGGACUCUACUUCCUGGGAAUGCUGAUGGCAGGGAGUUUCCUUUCGCCGUGGCACUCUGAGUCAGAUCAGCUCCUGGACGUUGCACUCAUCAUCUUCAUUUUUGCCCGCCUGCCACUCAUUCUGCUUUGUACACGCCCCUUUAUAGUGCUUUUUUGCAACUUAUGCUUGCUCACUGCAACCGUGUACAGAGCAUACACAGACGAUGAAGUAGAACUGGAGGGAAGCCUUGGGUCGGCCUAUCAUGUGCUCUGGGUCGAAGCGGGCACUUGCAUAAUCACGUUAGUUUCCAGCAUAGCUUUGCAACAGAUGUUGAUUCACAAAGUGGAAUUGAAGAUUCAAAGUGACAAUGCAGCAACGCAGUUCGGUGCGGCCUCAUCUCUUUUGACCCUGAUGUGUGAUGCAGUGGUAGAACUGGAUAGUAACUUUUGCCUUACGGAGCAUUCCAGUGCUUUGGCCGCCAUGCUUCUCAAAUCCAACAACAUUUCAGGUGCCAGCUUGCUGAGUUUCAUGCCAUCAGAGGACGCAGAGCGUGCCUUGCGACACUUGCAACAUUUCGGUGCACAAUUUUCCACCGUGAAACGCUCCAGACCUACACCUGUACAGCCAGCACAUGCUUUCCACACGCACAUGGUGGACAGUUGCGCCACCAGGCUCUCCACCGAAGUCUUUCAAGUCAAGUAUACCAAAGCAGACGGGCAGCAGUGUCAUUUGGUGGGCCUCCGAGAAUUCUCAGACAAGACUGCAGGUGUAGACUCGUUCAACGAAGAGUUGUUGACAAUCAAGCGCAGUGGCAGCAUGCAUUCCUCCUCUUCAGUCGAGGAUCGAAGCCAAGCUGAUGGAGUCGCAGAGGUGAAGGAUGAGAAUGAGAGGUCGCAGAAAUUAGAUGACAAGAAAGUAACUCUCGACAUUGAAAUGGAUGGGAUGACAGUUGACAGUGCGUCUGCACCAGUUGCAGGCUGUGUUGGAAUGCGAGUCACCCAGCUAUUUCCGGUUCCCCACACCAUCCAUCUUCUCGAACGACUUCGCAAGGAAGCUGUGAUGCUGCAGUCUCACGGUCAAAGUCUACGAGGCACUACGUACACAUUUAAUGACAUGCCGGUUCGCUUGGCCCUAGAUGGUUCGCUUGACAGCAUUUCGGGCACGAUGAAGGUGACAGGGACCACGUUUGGCCCACAUGUCAUCAUGUCUUUUACCAGGCCAGCGAGCGAAGAACAUCAAUUUAUGCCAGUAACACUCGUGCAAUCUCACUCAGAAUCCUCCGGAUCGUCGCAAGACGAUGGGUCCAUCCCAUCUGCCACAUCAAUCAGGAUUUGA